AUGGCUGCGAAUUGGACUGAGUGGGCGAGUCCCACGUCCACAGUGGACAGCUACCAGAGUCAGCUGAAGCAGCUGCUGGAGCGGAUGCUGUGGCGCGCGCAGGUGCAUCGCUGCUUCGCCGUCAUCACGGACGAGCUGCAUCUGGCCAUCUAUGAUCGGACGUACUUCGAGGCAGUGGGGCGUCGUCCCCGCCCCUUCUAUAUGCUGCGAGUGAACGCUAGCGAGAGCCUGAAUGGGCCGUCCCAUCGAUUCAGGCUGCUGCUCGACUCCAUUAAGGCCAGCGACUGCGACCUGGUCGUGUUGACGCUGCUCAACGGCUGGCAGGUGAAGCAGCUCAUGAAGUUUCUCUACGAGAGUCGCGCCCUGGACAUGCAGAGCAAGUUCGUCCUGCUGCACGACGUGCGCCUCUUCUCCGAGGACAUGCUGCACGUGUGGAGCGUCUGUGUCAAUGCCGUCUUUUUGCGCAGACAACAGGACAACAGCUACAGCAUCUCGACAAUCGCCUUUCCCGGCAUCUUGAAUGGGGUCGUCGUCGUCAAGCAGCUUGCCAACUGGCAGGUGGGCAAACGUAUUGAUGCAGCCAUUGUUUUCAAGGAUAAAACAAGAAACUUGCAAGGUGCAGAGUUGUCGGUGGCCGUAGCUGAGCACGUGCCGAUGGUGCAUUGGAAUCGAUCCACAAAUAGUUACCAGGGCGUCGAGGUCGGCAUCAUGGAUGCCCUGGCCAAGGCCCUGAACUUUGAGCCCCUCUACUAUGCCACAAAUGCGAGCGAUGCCGCUGAACGGGAGCAGUCGCUGCAGCCGAAUGAGACCCACUUGGAGGCAGGUCUGAUUGGAGAGCUGGUGCGUCACCGUGCUCGCUUCGGCAUUGGGGAUCUGCAUAUGUUCCGGAGCUACGUGCCGCAUGUGGAGCUGAGCGUGCCACACAGCGUGGAGUGUUUGACCUUUCUGACACCCGAGUCGUCGGCGGACAAGUCCUGGCAGACCUUCAUAUUGCCCUUCAGCGGCGGCAUGUGGGCAGGCGUGCUGCUCUCUCUGGUAGUAGUUGGCAGCAUCUUCUACUUGAUCAGCUACUUCAAUGCGCUGCUCACCUCCGGCAGCCAGGUGUCCUUUUUUCGCUGCCUGCGCCGCAGGAGAGGCGCCAAGCGCGACCCCCUCUCCUGGCAGCGCCUAAGCUUUCGCAUUACUCUAGGACGCCAUCGGCGCAGUGAUGCUCCACGCCGGGACAUCUUCGACGACUACUCGAACUGCAUUCUGCUCACCUACAGCAUGCUGCUCUACGUGGCGCUGCCACGCGUGCCCCGCAACUGGCCUCUGCGCGUGCUUACGGGCUGGUAUUGGAUCUACUGCAUCCUCCUGGUGGCCACCUACAGAGCCAGCUUCACAGCUAUCUUGGCCAACCCAGCCGCCAGCAUCACCAUAGACACGCUCAAGGAGCUCAAUCGCGCUCGCAUUCCGCCCACAACUGGAGCUGUGGAGAGCAAACAGUUCUUCCUGGAGUCCAGCGACGAUGCUGCCCGGGAAGUGGGCGCCCGCAUGGAAAUAGUGGAGCACCUGGACGACUUGACCAAUCGCAUUGCACGUGGUCAGUGCGCCUACUAUGACAACGAGUUCUAUCUGAGGCAUUUGCGCAUGUCGGACGCUGCGAGGGGCGUGGCAGCGGGCGCCUUGCACAUUAUGAAGGAGUGCGUCAUCCACAUGCCCGUGGUGCUGGCUCUCGAGAAGAACUCGGCCCUGAAGCCUCAUGUGAAUGACAUUAUACAACACUUGGCUGAGGGCGGUCUCAUCUCUAAGUGGCUGCGAGACGCAAUCCUCCGUCUGCCCGCCGAUGAGCGGGCGCCUCAAGAGGCGCUAAUGAAUCUGCACAAAUUCUGGAGCUCGUUCGUGGCGCUCGGCAUAGGCUACCUUCUCUCCAUAGCUGUGCUGCUCGUGGAGCAUUGGCACUUCAGGCAGAUCGUGAUGCAGCAUCCGAUAUACGAUGUGCAUAACCCCAGUCUAUACUAUAACUUCAGGCGCCUCUAUCCAGAUGAAUAGCG